AUGUCAGCGAGGCAUCUACGCAAUGAGAACCUGGCACCUGGUGUGCCCUCAAGCUGCCUGCAUGCAACGUCUGGCUCAUCUUGGGAGCAGGACGUGCACGGUUUCUGGAGCCGGGCAGCUAGAGCAUGCGAGCUCCAUCAGAAGCUUUUGAGACAAGAUCGAGCCAAGUCUGCCCAUUGUGCGUGCGCAAAAACUGAGUCAGUCCAAAAGGCACUACAAGACCUUGAGAUGCUUUUUGUGGCAAUGGGCCGGCAGUACGAUGACCUCCAAGAGGUGGCAUCGCGACACCGACACCAGGCAGCCAGGACCGGUCUUGCAACAGAAGAACAUGCGGAAUGGACGGAUCGAGAGGCUGCGCAUCAGCGACUAUCUGAGCAAGAAGCCACAUCGCGACAUCUUCGGGUCGAGCUUGCUGAGGCACUGCACCAGGAACGGGCAGCACAAGAGGCUGGUCUACGGCUACUGGCAGAUGCACAGGUUCACGAGCUGGAGCUGCGUGAGCUGCGGCUGCAACUUGCGGCGAGCGAACAUCGUAACUCGCAGCUUUCGCGUUCACUCGCUCGCUGA